AUGUGGAAAACAAUAACUUUAUUCACCCUGUUCAUUACAAUCAAUGGAUAAUGCAGCUGUAGCAAAUUUACAAAUGAGACAAACUGCUAUGCUUAUGGUUAUUGCCUAUUUCAAAAUGGGAUUUGCGAAGAAGCUUAAUGCGAAGCCAUUCCAUAUGAAGGGAAGUGUAAAUCACCUCGCUGUUUAUGGAAUGAUGGCAAAUGCACCACAUUCAAAGCAGCCGAAUAAACUUGCUCUGCAUUGUUACCUUAACUAUGCACCUAAUUUGAGGGUUGUUAUUAUGAUUACACAAAUCUAAAAUGUGUUGUUACUAAGGAUUGUUCUUCUCUUCAGAUUGAUCAAUGCAAUGGAAAGCUAACAAAUGGUAAUUCCUGUGUAGUAGAUCCUUUCAAGAACAAAUGUUAAGAAAUGACUGAUUGCAAAUCUCUAACUUCUGAAUUUAUGUGUUUAAGUCAAUUCCCUAAUUGCAAAUAUGAAAAUUCUGUCUGCUCCCCAUAAGUAUGCACAGAAAUUAAAGUAUUUUCAUUGUCAAUAAUAGGACGAUGUUUCUUGCUCUUUUCUUGAUGAAUGCUAAUGGAAUAAUGAAAGAUGCUAAUUUAAAAAUUGCUAAAGCAUUAGAUUUGGAUAUUUAUGCAAUGGCAACACUUGUGGAUUUGAUAAAAACGAAUGCUUUGCCUGCGUUGAAUAACACGGUUAUCAAUUGUUUGUUGGUUUGAUAUCAUUGUUAUUUAUAUUAUGA